AUGAUUAUAGUAACAGUCAACGACCGACUCGGCACCAAGGCGCAAAUCCCCGCUUUCCCCUCGGACACGAUCAAGCAGUUCAAGGUUAUGGUGGCGAUGCGAGUCGGUCGCGAGCCGCAUGAGAUCCUGCUGAAGAGGCAGGGCGAGAGACCGUUUAAGGAUCAGCUGAGCUUGGCGGACUAUGGAGUUAGUAACGGGGUGCAGAUUGAUUUGGAGGUUGAUACUGGUGAUUAAGGGAACCCUAAUGGGGGAAUGACAUGUCGCGUCGUGGAUACCCAGGUUGGCAAGCCAGCACACCAUUUGUCGUGGUUAGAGUUAUAUGGCGAAAAUGUUGGAAAUAUUGUAUGGACUUUGCGUGGAGAUGAUACGAGACAGGACUUGGGCGAAACGAAGUGGUAUAGUAAUCAUCAAACCUAGCUAC